AUGAUGUUAUCCAGUGCGUUGCCGAAAAAUAUAUUUUCACCAAAAAACGCCUCUACUCCCAUCAUUGGUCUAACUGAAACCUCAUCAGAUUCAGAUGAUUAUGAAAUUGACAACCAUGAUUUAAUGGACUCGUCAAAGACGGAGACUUUAUUUUUGACAGGGGUACUUGAUGAGCUAAAUAUACGUUUCAAUUAUAGUAGCCAGAAUGAUCAGAACUUUAUGAAGCUGCUUCGUGCGGAGGAGAAGCGCUUAUUUGAAUUUCGAGCAAUUGGUGGGCGGGUUGAACUCUCGAUUAGAUCAAACGAUAUGUUCAUUGGUACAGUUCUUAAAGCCUUGGAGGUGGAAGAUUUAGUUUGCUGCAAGGGGACGUCUCAAGUCUGUUUCCUAGCGAGAUCAUUCAUCAAGAAUGCAGACACGUCUUCCCUUUUAGGUGACACAGAGAUUCCAACACACACUAGUAAUGACUCAAAUCAGUGUGAAGGAGAUGAUGAGUUUUAUGAGGCAUCGGAGAAUCUUUAUGAUUCAGUGGAUAGUCCCAUGUCACCAGCUGAUGCAGUGGAGUAUGCUAGUUCUCAAAUCAUUUCGCAAUUAGGUAGCUCAGCCUUUAAAGCUCCAAGUUUUACUCGCAUUGCUGGUCUACUGCCUUCUGAUGGUACUCACACUGAAGCUGGUGGGAUGGAAGUUACUGAUACCCUAGACAGUUUUGUCAAAGCGCAGAUUGUCAUCUUUGACCAGAAUUCGCCACUUUACACUAAUGUUGAUAAUCAGGUUUAUUCUUAA